CUCUGGCGCCGUGCCGCCGACAGGCGCAUCGGAGACGUAAACAAAGGACGGCGUUCGUGCUCUGGCUUGCUGCUCAGGGUGCUGCACAGGAGAAAUAUCACGUGGUAAUAUCAAGUUGUGGAAGCAGAGCCAAGUGUGACAGUGACUGGAGGACUAUGAUCGGGAAACCACCAUUUUUCAAGCACGAGCUACUAGAUUAUAUCGACCAUGUCAUAAUCGGGAACCCAUAUGUGAAGGCCGUCCGCGCGAUCCGCUACAUUGGCACGCGAACUCUACAUCAUGUUUGGACAACGGAAAUUUGAACACGCAGAAGCGGACGUACGACUACCGUAGCGACAGAAGCAUACAUGUGCGCCGCCGCCGCCGGUUCGAAACAGGCGCGUCGAAUGAACGCGAAAACGUGCAUUGCAGCCCUCUCGCGAAGUGGGAUUUGCUUUUGUGUGUUUGUAAUGACACUGAAACUAUUCACAUUUAAGAGCGCGACAUGAAUACAUUUCGCUCACGCAUGUACCCGCCGAUUUGUUGAUCGGGGUGACGGUAGCUUGUGGUUUUGUGCUGUUGGUUUGUGAUUGUUCGCGCCGUUGACGCCGCCGGUCAAAGUUUUUUUGGCGCGCACGUCUACGGUAGCAGACGACAACAACAGUUCUUAUAAAAACUCGUAGAAUGAUGAUGAUAAUCAACUUGAGGAAGUAGCAUUCCCCUUGGGACAUUCACCGCUUGUACAAAUUAUGAAGAUUACACGGGUACGAUUGUGUGAAGUGAAUUUCAGCGGUACCUGUUGUGUGUGGAUGUUGACAAUGAUGUGUUGUUGUUUUAUUGCUGAUGUAUGCACAGCUACUUUAGAAUGACAAAUACUGCCAUGACAGUGAGUGGUGAUGUGUAGAGCUGGGAUUAGCGGGACAAAUGCUUUUCCUGAAAUUGGGACAAAAGCAGGUCAGGAAACGCCGAAAAAUCGGGACAGUUUCCCGGACGUCUUGCCCGUGUCUGAGUAUGUCAAAAAUGCUUUUAUUAGCUUUAGGUUAUUUUAACUUGUUUUGCAUCACCGAAACCGGCAGCUAACAGACAGAAGGCGACAGGGAAGAAGAAGAGAAAAGAAGCGGAGGGUUUUGAGAUACAGCGAUUUCCCGAGACCUUCCCCUUAACAGCUGCCACUGUAAAACGAUGAUGAUUCGAGCUUUUAUUUAGUUAUUUUUUUUUUGCGCAUCGGCAACAAAAACGUCGUAAUGCGCCACAACAGUGAUAGUGAUGUGACUAGUUAAAAUUAAACAUAAUUAGUGGGAAAAAGUAUGAAGCUUUAGAACAUUUUUAAAAUUGCAAUAUCUGCGAAGAAGCUAAUAACUCUGCUAAAAGGCGUUAUCACUUCAUCACCAUGCAAUAGGGCUAGGAUGAUGAGGUAAAUAACGUGCAUGAAACUGUCUGGCCUCUUAUUGACGGCAUGAAAUGAGCAUGUAAAUGACAGAGAGAAGUUCACUGAGGCGGUUCCUCUCUGCGAAGUGAAAACCCGUGGGUGAUGAAUGUAUGUCCUAUGCGUAGCCUUGAUAAUAUCGCAUUCACCAGACGAUUUUCUGAGCACUCUCCAUGACGUUGGAUGUUCAGUUUACUCAAAAGGAGCUUGUGUGUGGGUGUCCCAGAAGUUUUGCCUGCUUGUAUACAUUGAUUUCUUUAGUGCAGAUGCAAUCUCCUGUAGGGGUAAUUCAAACGGGGCAACACCACUUGUAACUACAGCUGCAGCAGCCUUGUGUGGUAGUUCAUUGCCCUGUAUGCCAAUGCGGCUGGGAACCCAGCACAGAAUUACAGAAUAGCCUCUCUUGUGUAUCGUGUGGGCUAUGUACUGUGCUCAUUGCACAAGAAACUUAUUUUGCUUGUGCAUGCUACAGAUAGCAUUAAGGGAACUCAGGGAAUCUGUGUUUACUACUGCUGAUUUUAUGCAACCUUCAUGAUGACGAUGAUUAGUAUUUUUAUGGCGCAGCAGCGACGAAGGCUUUAUGCAACCUUCAAUAAUUUAUAAAUUGUAUCGAUUGUAAUAAUUUACUUUAUCUAUUAUAAUAAUAAUUUAUGCUAUUAUCCUUGCGCAUGUACCAGAAACCAUGGCACAAGUAACUCCCGCACUAGGCUUUGACCCAUCCAUGUACACCUCAACGUGAUCCCCAAACGUUUGCUUCAAAUGUGCAAACUCUUGUUCUAGUACAGACAUGGCAGUGUUACGUUUGCUGCAUUUCGUCAGUGUAGUGCCAGAUUUGGGGGGUGGUUCCCGGGGUGGGAUCCUUUUACUACGUUCUACAACUAGGGAAUUGAAUAAGAGAAAUCGUGAAACUCAGUGUCGCACGCAAGUCGCAUACAGAAUGGUGGAACGACUAAUCGCUUGUUAACAAAGAGCAGUUCGAACGGUGUGCUUGUAACACAAGGUAGUGCAAGGUGCUGUGGUUGACUUCUUAUACUCAGCGCAUAACAUGUCCGCAGUAAAAUACGAUGGCGGAUUCAGGUGAUCAUUUUAUAGCAACACGGCCUAGCGGUCAGAAAUUGCAAGGACGGUGCCCGUGUCGGAUCACGUGACCGCUGCCAUCCGAACACGAGUGCCAGAAAUCUAGCGGUUUUAGUUGCUAGGAUCACGCUAAUCUAAUCGCUGUCACUCGUGUUUGGGUUCCGUCGCCUGCUAACCGACGUGAACUUGGACGUGCGGCCCAAUGAGGGCACUCGCCACCCUCGCGAUGUGGAUGGGAUGACAGCGGAUAUAGUUGGGCAGUCCGCUGCCCAGUCGAUUCGAGGCCGUGCGGCAAAGUACUAUCUGGCAAAGUACUCGCGCUCGGAAAGUGGCACGCGAACAUGCGAGAUCUGGCACCGUUGGCGAGAACAGGCGGGAUCUGGCAAGAGAAGUGUUGUGACAUGGUCGCUAUUAUCCAGUAGGGCAUGGUUUGAUGGUAUGCAAUUUUGAUGUUCGCUUGAUUGAAGUGAAUUUGAAAUCUUGGGCUUGAGUUUAGACCAUAAUGGAAAGGGCUCGACUUUAGAUAAGUGACCUGGCCAUUCUGCAGGUUGGUAAGAUGUAAAGGGCCGAAAGUCAUGCACUAAUCGCAUCGAUUUCUCAUCUGGUCUCAUGUGCCGUAGCGCACGCACCAAUAUUUUAUUUACUGGUAUAUUUAUUUUGUAUUUGUAGUACUUCUGUCGAUUGACUCGUCAUGGAAGGAGAGACAUACAAAUGCAUGAAUAAGAACUGUGCACAUAUUCCAGCACCAGUACACUGAACCCUCGUUAAUAUGACACCCGAUAAUCUGACAUACGCGCUUUACGACCAUACUCCUGGGGAACAAUGCAGUGAAACCUCUGCAAAUCCCGCCCCGUUAAUAUGAAAAAUUCCACAUUAUGACCAAAAUUUUCGGGAGCGACCAUGGUCGUAAUAACGAGGGUCAACUGUAAACAUAGCAGUACAACAAAGACAAAAAGCGAGAAAGAAAACACUAUGCCAACAAACAAAUUUGUGCUCAAAAUAUAUGUAUAUAUCUAUAUAAAAAAGGAAAACACAAUCAUGAGUUGUGACAAAAGCUACUAAUGCAUGAAACACAAGGCACAUGAAACACGGCAACUAAUGCAUGAAACACAAGAAGGGAGGUAGUCGCAAUCAGAGGCCGUCUGGUGCAACUUAUUCAAUUCAUCCAUGGUCUUCAGGAAAAAGGAGUACCGUAAGCAAUGUUUGUUUUGAAGCGAUUUUGCACUUAAUGUUUGUAGUGUUUUCUGCGACGACUACCAGUGUCAGAAAGUUUCAAGUGCUUGGCCUUGGGAAUGCAAGUUUCGUUGUUAAAUAUGGACCGAAGAAUUUUUAGGCACAUUAUUUUGUUUCUUACAUGAAGGUUCGGAAGCCCUGUCGACUGGAGCAUUUUAGUUGGUGAGUCAAAACAGGAAAAUUUGUUGUACACUAAGCGAAUAGCUCGGCUUUGAAUCUUUGAUAUUGAAGGAGGUGUAAUCACAACAAGUUCACGUGAGUACAUUUGUUACUGCGUGUACAAUGCCUGCUGUUUGUUGUUGUUGUUGAUGAUGAUGAUGGUGAUUGGAGCUUUAAUGGCGUAUCGACAACACAGGUCAGUGUCUGCUUGUGCCUCAAAGAUUAUUUAUGGUUGUUAAAAUAUAGACCUGUAUGUCGUAGUCACUGUUAAUCGAUCUCCCAUUUCUGCGACUACGUUCCGAGAAGCGCUCGGCUAUCGGGGAACAGUGAAAGCAGUACUGGACUGGUCGAUUGUCAUUGUGGGGAUGGCCGGGUGUUGGCAAGGCAUCACUUGUUGAUAACACGUGCGGAAAAAAAAAUGAGGAGGCUGGAGCGCUAUGAAAGAAGUCUGCUUGUCUGAGACUUGCAUGAACGAUUUCCUUGGGCUUUUUUCAUUCCACUUGGGCCGUUGCACAUAUAGGUAUUGUCAAUAAAUGAUACCAUACCUACAACCGACCACCCCUAAAGAGACGGUCGACGGCUCCAUUGCUAUUUCCACUGUACUCCGAUAGUCGGGAGCUUAGCGGAGCGAGGCCACGAAAAUGGGAGAUUGGUUAACAGUGGCCAUUAUGGCGAUUAUGCACACAACACUUAAGCAAGAGGGGUACGUCCUUCUUGAUAGUUUUUAGUCAAAAUUUGAAUCUCUGCUUUCAAAUUUAGGAAAUACAUGUGUGGUGUACGUAAUCAUAUCACAAAUAAAUGUUGGCACAAAGCGUACCUUACCUUGCGGCUUAGUAAGUACCGUGAAUACACAUUUUUUAUACACUAAUAGCUUGUUUCUGCCCGACUUUCCAGAGCCCAACAGCCGCGGUGGUUGUAAAUUACGGGAGUGACAAAAGCUCAGCGACUGUGCCUACCCCGUCCGUAUCAAUGGUGAAAUUAUUUCUUUGGGAUCAGUGCCAGUGCUACGGGAACAGGGGCAAUUGCCCCCUCCCACCCCUCACCAUGAACCCACUUGAGGGGCUGCCAAAAAGACACCUUUCGGGAAGUCUGCGCUUUAGGGCGACAUUAAGAGAGAAAGAAAAUCAAGAAUACGGGGCGGGAGGGGGCGGUGCAAAUUUUCCCUUUUGCUCCCCCAGAAGGCGAAAAGUAGACACCGACCCUGUUCAGGACCAAAAGGAGUCAGUGAGGACUUCAUCAACUGCAUUGCUCCUUUUUUUCUGUUUCAUGUAAAGCAUCCAUGUAAGCACAUAUUUCUGAACUUAGGAAGUGUACCAUGAUUGUACGCAUAUUUUAGGCAUACGUGAAUAUGCCAUAUAAACAUGUCAGACAACAUGACUGUGCAUGUAUCGCACGUUAACUAGGUUCAAAGCGUGCUUCCUUGAGCAAUGUACGUUAAAUCUGCCUCGAAAAAUUGAUUAUGCGGGAUUUUUUUACUAUGUGCGAUAUCAGCUGGGCGAAAUCAGAUGAACCAACUGCAAAGCAGCUGGGAAUUUUCGUUACAUGAGAGGAUUAUAAAGAGUAGCUGCUUACCGGCGUUCCAGUCAUUUUUGCACUGUUCAAAUAAGGAUAGUUCAGGGUACAAACAUUGUAUGACAACAGAGUUUUGUAAUAUCUCUGCAGUAUGUAUUACAUCAUAACUAUAUUUUUGAUGGAGUCCAUAUCUAAACUCAUAAAAACUUAUUGCACUGCAGUGUGCUUGUAUCAUAGAAAGUGUAUGCCAACACAUUCAACAUUGACUCCAGUUUGUGUGUAUUUCCAUGAGUGUAUUGCCAAUGUUAUCUUUGUCCGUAAUAUAUGAAUUACUUUUGACCUCUGUAUUGGAUGAGUGGGGGAGUUUACGCAUAUUGAAUUGUGAAGUGGCUCAUUAUUUCAUUCCCCACAUCCCCACCAACAAUGGGGUAGAGUAUCGCCCCUGGUGAUAAAACCCCCCACUCAUCGUCUCGGAAGAAAGGUUUCUAUUUUGGGGGGAUUUUUUUAGGAUAAGGUUGGUAUGAUACUCGCCAGUAGUUUGCCCUGUAUGUGUGCAUCUUGUAACCUAAUGUUACAUGUGUUGGAUCAUUAUUUUUUUGUUAUUUGUACAAGGUGCUCGGAGGAAUGCUCUAGCAAAUUGGUUCAGCUACAAUAGUGAUACGUCCUUUUCGUGUUUGCACAUCCUGAACAGCUUUUUACACACAUGUUAGUUAUCUUAGAAUCAUUGGUGUUUCACACAACCAUCUUAAGUGUUUUGUUAUUUGUUAUUACCUUAAGACGUUCAAAUCGUUUGCUGUGUGAUAGUUACCCAUCAUACUUCUUUUCACGUGCAUGUGUGACACAGCUAUGUAAUUUUUGUGGGUUUCCCGACAAAUGUGUACGUUGAAUUUACUCAGUGUUUGUUAUUGCCGCUGCAUUCGUAUUGUCACCUUCUAAUACUCAGUACAAUAAAUAUUCGGUGGCAAGUGAGAGUAAGGAUAGGGUGCAGGAAGGCUUCAGGAGCAAGUUUCAUCAUGAUUUAGGAAAACUGGAUGUAGGAAAUGCGGAGGCAGCAAAUGUAUAUUUUGCACUCGUUCAAUAUAGCUGUACGAUCACAGAGUCAAAUCCGAUAUGGUUCUUUGUGGAACCAUUCCAGGGAAUAUCACUUUGUCCGUAGGGAGCACCUUCCGAGUGUUCCAGGCUGCACCCGCAUAAAAGUAAAAAUACAAACCCUCUAUGGGUUCGGUCAUCAACCACUGAAAGGUUUAAUGAAGAACCCUUUACGAAAUUCUUUACAAUGGGUUCAAGUUAGCAUCCCCGCCCCUACGGACACAGCUAGAAAACCACCAAAGGGUUCAGGUUGACGUUAAAGGCGGUAAAACGCCCCACUGGAGGGGACACACAAAGUUGGUAGUUUUAGAGCACGGUUUUCAUCCCUGUGUCAGAUUGACUCUUUUUGUUCUCAGAGUGCAUAACAUCUAUUUCCUAGUUUAACUACGACAUACUUUAUCGAUGGUAUUACUCGUAGCGUAGGUUGUAAUCUAUAUUGUGUGCCGUUUUUCUGUAGCGGAGUCCUCCAGGAUGGUGAGGAGGUCGAAAAGGAUGAGAGAAUGCGAGACAAAGAGGCCGCUGUCAGCAGCAGUUGUUGCUGAACCGCAGGUGGACAUCGGUAAUGGGGUGCUUGUCGGCAGCCACCAUUUAACCUACUUGAAGAGUCGCUACGCUGGCCAAGCCACUAAGUUUGCGAGGGCACUUUUGCGAGCCCUGUUCACGCCAGAGGAGCUGAAGGGGAAGUCUCUAUUUGGCAUGCGUUGCAACGCUUACAAGGACAAGGAAGUAAAAGAUGCACUUGACAGGAGUCGUGUAACUGCACUGAUCGCCUACACAAUGGUUACGUUCAACCUUCAAGACGACUGCAAGCUGAAGAACACCCUGUCCAGCUUAUUGGUGCGGGAGUGCAAAUAAAAACUGGAUUCUCUGAAAUUAC